CCUGGUUACAGUCUCUAAACUGUGCAGGCAGGGGUAGGAGAGGUUCAGCCAGGCACACUAAAGGUUUUUGGCAUUAUUGCAAAAGAAGGUCAAGGUUUAAUUUCUCUCCAGUGAACAAGCUUGCAGAUUAAGAUUUAUGUCAGUCCAAGAAAUAAACAAACAUGCAGUUCUGCCUCCUAUCAUUAGUAGAAGUGACAAGGAGUUUUUGGAAAGCAUGCAAAGAUAUAUAACCACAGAAACCGAAAGAGUGGGCUGCAACGAGGAAGGACCUGCUGAUGAGUAUUACACAAUAUACCAAAAUGUUUUUGAUAAGUUUAGUGCCACAGACAGAAAAAUCAUAUUUCAGGUAAUAGACCAUGUCAAUGCAUACAAGUCCAUACUUACGUCAAUCAAAAGAGAAUAUGAUGCCUUUAUUGAGACCAUAAAAAAAGGCCGGAGAACUGCUUUUUAUCUUCACGGAAAACUUAAAGUUUUGGCAGCAGAGCCCACAGCAUUGGUAUAUUACCAGAGAAGAGCGAUACAACUUGAGGAAAAAUUGAAGAUUAUUGAAGAUAAUUCCACAAUGAUUCAAGUGCAAAUUAAUCAGGUAAAACAGCUAAGAACAGACUAUGACAACAAGGAAGUGAAGUUCUGUGCUUCCUCCACGAAGCCUUGGAAACCUAUCCCAGGGAUGACUCUCCAAGAAUCUGUCAAUUUGGAAGCUCUCAAUAAGUAUAAGCAACAUCUUGAAGACAGACAUAAAAAACUUAAACAAGAUAUGUCAGUAAUGUAUGUACCAGCCCAAAAGAAGGAGUAUCUAGAUGAGGAAAUGAUUGUGUUACUAGAACGACGAGAUGCAGCUGAAAGUGUGAACCAAGACCUGCAGUUUCGCCAUCAAAAACUGCAGGUUAUUUCACACAUACUUACUACAUGGAUGAAGUAUAACAUGAGAAUUCCAUUUCAAGAAAUCAUGGAGAAAAUUCAGAACACCACAGUUAUCUCUGGUGAUGAAAACGUUGUUGAUGAGGUAUUUGAAGAUGACCCAAACAAGACAAAAGAAGCUCUAGUUAUGCUUUACUAUAUUGAAAGGUUCAACGAAUUAAUCUCCCUUCAUGCAUAUGAGGAGGCAGCUUGUUUUGCAGCAAACAGUCCAAGAAGAAUUCUUCACAACAUUGGUACAAUGAAUAAAUUUAAGGCUAUUGGAAAGAUUAAAGGAAAGCCUUUGCCAUUACUCUUGUUUUUUGAGGCUAUAUUUAGUACCAGUCAUGCUUUCAAACGACCUAUCAGUGCUGACCUAACCCUGGAGGGAAUCAAGUGCGGACUGUCUGAAAAACGGCUUGAUUUAGUUACCCACUGGGUCACCCAGCAAAAGCUGACAUUUUCUGAGAAGGCUGGUGAUGUUAUUUUUGCUUAUGGGGAGCAGAACCCAUACUACAAGCCCAAGUGCUUGGCUUUAGCUCAGAUUAUCUACAACAAAUGUGGUCUAUACAAGAAAGUUCUUCUUUGCCUGUGUAAACAGGGUCAGAUUCAUGAGGCUGUGGAACACAUACAGCAGUUCAAGGACUUCACCUUUGAUGACCUGACAGAGCUAAUCACAGCAUGUCCCAAAAUUGAGUUGAUUAAAUGUCUUAUUCAAGAAAAGGAUGGAAAACCACCAUUUUUAUCUUUUGGGCUUGCUGUGCUUCAUCUGUUCUCUGUGGAUAUGGAAAACGUCGGCAUUCAGCUAAUUCAAGAAAUCAGUAAAGGCGGGAAAGAUGUAAUAGAGCAUCUUGUGAUGAGUGAUAUAUUUUGCCCCUUAGAAAAAUGGCAAGAAAUGGCAAAUGUCUGUUUACAGAAUGGUUUUCAAAAUAUCUUUAAUGACAUCAUGUCCAUUCUUCGAUCCCAGGCUGGAGUUUCAGAUAUUUCUGAAGAUUCCAUCAACUUAAUGGAACAUGUUUUUUGGUAGUUCUAUAUUUUAACCAGCUGAGGGCGCUUGUACAACAUUUUACAGGCAUUGCUGGCAAACAGGGUUAGCGUAAUUAAUAUAAAUAAAUACUGAGUAUAAGAUUCUCCGCAAUAAACCACGCUUCUAUUAUGAUGUUUGCAUUUGAUC